AUGACGCCAUUUUCCUCCCUGGCAGUUAUAUUAUUACUAUCAAUAUUUCAAGAUGCCGAAACAAACAACCAAUCAAAACAAAAGAUAUUCUACUCAAUGCCAUCUUACCGAUUCUAUUCCCCACCUGGUUCACGCGAUGAUUUAGGAACAUAUCCUUGCGAAUCUGCUCAACACGGAACAAUGAUUUGUCUUUCUGUGCAAAGUUGUUGCUGUUUCGUUUUUAAAAAGAAUAGGAAUCCUUCAUGUAAGUUAUACAGUUUCCUUCCGGAAUAUGGAUCGUCUUUAGAAUAUGACUCCAAUUACCAGCUGUAUUACUCUUUAGAAGAUCACAAACAUAGUUGGAUACAAGUGUUUGAAUCCGUCGCUGGCACAAGCAGAAACCCUUAUGAACUAUAUAACUCACCUUUGAGCGGAGUGUGGAAGGCAUCCAAUAACUAUUCACUUAGUGUCUUUAAAAGUUCUUUGAUUGAAAAUUGGGCUUCGCUUCACGUGCAAGAGGUUAAAUUCGUUCUUGAGCAAGACAAUCAAAUAGUGGUGAGUAUGAUAUUUGAUGGAAAACAGAGCAACAAAAUGAACUGGUUUUGCCUCAAUCGUCUGAUUAAAUCGUCGCCUUGGACUGACCUUAAGACAAAUAAACCUAGUAUUUUUAGUAUAAUCGGAGAAGAUUCUAUUUACAAAAGACGGUUUUAUAUCAAUAAGGAAUACGGCCGCUGUAAAAAGGAUGUAGGCUGGCUUCUGGUCAGAGACGAUAAAAAGGGCAUGGUUUGUUCCUUUGCAGCCUCUAAAUUUCCAAUCUUCUUAUUUUCUCCGGUGAAAACCUCCACUUAUCUUGAAGAAUAUGACAGCGCUGACAAAAUUAUUAUCUCCAUCAAAAUUCGUUAAACCUGAAGUACAAAAGCAGAGAGCAAGAAAAUGGAUUCAACUAACCAGUAGAAUUAGUAAAGUGAAUAAACUAUGAAUUAGAAGAGGAAAAGUGAUUAGCAGAUAUUAUGAACAUGCACACACGCGAGCGCGCCUACACACACACACACACACACACACA